UGGUGAAAUGUCUCCACUCACGGAGUAUGGGCGACACUUUGGUCAAUGGAUAGGCAUUAUAUUCAUUGUGGUGGUUUUCGUACCCUGGGCCACGGCGCUUAUCGAGGGCCUGUAUUGUGGCACCGAGAUUUGUUACGAUGUACUCGGAGUGUCGAGAGAAGCGGCCAAAUCGGACAUAGGUCGUGCUUACAGACAGCUGGCCAGGAAGUAUCACCCGGAUAGAUUCUCAAGUCUUGCAGGCGAGACUCGUGAAAGUGCUCAUCAAACAUUUCUUCUCGUUGCGACUGCAUAUGAAACUCUGAAGGUAAGUGGAGAAACCUCACAUUUGAUUCGUUUCAGCUAAACCUAUAUGCUGACGUCAAUUUAUGUUGAAUGCCAAUGUGGCACUUUUCUCAACUCCGUCAAAGGCCUUCAGUCAAUUUGAUCGUUUUGUCUUACAGUGUACCAAUACUGUCAAUUACUGCGUUAUGAAUAGACCUGAACAGGUUAAAGUUAUCAGUGUGAUGUUUUUUUCACAGACAGUAGGUGCAGCCCAAUCAAAUCUCAGACACCCAAGAUAUUGGGAAAAAUUGUGUUAGCGGUUUAUCAGAUGAGGAAAUCGUAAACUCUAUGACAUCUGAAUCAGAGGAGCAGCGUGUAACUGGAGAGGUUGACAUGGUAAGCUCUGAAUCAGAGGAGCAGUGUGUAACUGGAGAGGUUGACAUGGUAAGCUCUGAAUCAGAGGAGCAGUGUGUAACUGGAGAGGUUGACAUGGUAAGCUCUGAAUCAGAUCAGCAGCGUGUAACUGGAGAGGUUGACAUGGUAAGCUCUGAAUCAGAGGAGCAGUAUGUAACUGGAGAGGUUGACAUGGUAAGCUCUGAAUCAGAGGAGCAGUGUGUAACUGGAGAGGUUGACAUGGUAAGCUCUGAAUCAGAUCAGCAGCGUGUAACUGGAGAGGUUGACAUGGUAAGCUCUGAAUCAGAGGAGCAGUGUGUAACUGGAGAGGUUGACAUGGUAAGCUCUGAAUCAGAGGAGCAGCAUGUAACUGGAGAGGUUGACAUGGUAAUAAGAGAGGAUACACUGAAGUGUGUUUUGUCAGAUGAGUUUGGAGGGUUCAUGCUUACAACUCCAAAUAAUAGUGUGUUUAGGUUGACUCGUGAGGAAUGGGAGAGGGUCCUUUCAGAAAGAAGUGGUAGGUAUUUUAAAAAGUUAGUAUGGCCUACUUUGCAGCGCUGAAAAGCGGCGUCCAGAAAAGUCGGAUCCGCAGUCUCGGCUUUUUAAAAAAACAGUAGCAGACUUUUUUGUGUGUGUGUUUGACCUCGAUCACACACACAGUGUUAUUGUGGAAAAUGGUAGGCAGCAUUAUCUGGAUAUGUGUGGCACAAAUGUUCAACAUUCACCUAAUGCUACCAUUUCUGUCAAGCCGUCUACGCAUACAGUUUGACGCAUAAGUUCGAUCAAUCCAACGUAUGCAACCACACAGAACACACUGCAACUGCCUCUGCAACGCAAUGCUGCAAGGCUAACGCAGCGUUCCAUUGGAAAUGAAUGUACUUCUGGGAACCGAAAUGCAAACAAGCUGUCAGUGUGAUCGAGGCGUUAUGAGAGGGCAACGUGAAUACCCUUUUUCACAGUGGCAUGCAAGACAACGUUUUACACGAGUUAUCAGAGAGAAAGGUACAUGGUGUCUUAUUCCUUGUGAUCUAAAAGGCUAAACUGAUCCUAAGUUAGCACUCCUACUCUGAUACGCUUGAUACAUACAGCUCUCAAUCAUUCUGAUAAGAUGAAAUAAGGGUAAUUUCCUCCUGUGUAUCAGGAUGAGGACUCCCGUAGAGAUUACGACUACAUGCUGGACCACCCGGAACAGUACUACAGCCACUACUACACCUACUACAGCAGACGGCUGGCACCUAAAGUCGACGUGCGGAUUGUCAUUCUGGUGACCGUGGUUGCUAUAUCAAUUUUCCAGGUAGGAUCAUAUCUAUCUUCACGUUCACACACAUAGUCAAAUAGUGCCCUUUUAAAGGGAAUAGGGUGUCAUUUGGGACGCAUUGCUGUUUCUUUAUUAAUACCAAUCAUGAGAAACAGCAGUAGAAUGGCACCGUUUUGGUAAUGGAAGGUUAUGAAUGGCACCGUUUGGUAAUGGAAGGUUACAAAUGGCACCGCUUGGUAAUGUAAGGUUACGAAUGGUACUGUUGGUACAUAGCAGUGUGUGAAUAAUCAGAGAGGUUCUGAUAGACCAUAGGAACCCCUUUCCUCCCCAGCUCCUGGGAUGCACUCUAUGAAGUCUCUAAAUGUCAUAUUUUUUUUCUCAGUGGAAACUGUUUAGGCUACACAAUAACAAUGCUGACUGCAGUGGUGGAAAAAUGACCCAAUUGUCAUACUUGAGUAAAAGUAAAGAUACCUUAAUAGAAAAUGACUCAAGUAAAAGGGAAAGUCACCCAGUAAAAUAGUACUUGAGUAAAAGUCUAAAAGUAUUUGGUUUUUUAAAUACUUAAGUAUCAAAAGUAAAUGUAAUUGCUCAAAUAUACUUAGGUAUCAAAAGAAAAAGUAUAAAUCAUUUCAAUUCCUUAUUUUAAGCAAACCAGACGGCCCCAUUUUCUUUUUGUACGGAUAGCCAGGGGCCCACUCCAACCGGUCCGCCAGAUCAGAGGCAGUAGAGAGGACCAGGGAUGUUCUCUUGAUAAGUGCAUUGGACCAUUUUCCUGUCCUGCUAAGCAUUCAAAAUGUAACGAGUACUUUUGGGUGUCAGGGAAAAUGUAUGGAGUAAAAAGUACAUUAUAUUCUUUAGGAAUGUAGUGAAGUAAAAGUUGUAAAAAAUAUAUAAAUUGUAAAGUACAGCUACCCACAGAAACUAUUUAAGUAGUACUUUAAAGUAUUUUUACUUAAUUACUUUACACCACUGCCUGAUUGUGACUUAAUUUCCCUCCUUCAGUACUACAGUUGGUGGGCCAGCUACACUGAAGCCAUCAACUACCUAUCAACAGUCCCCAAGUACCGUAUCCAGGCGACAGAGAUAGCCAAGCAGCUGGGUCUCCUGAACAAGACAAAAGAGAAGGGUAAAAACCGACGGUCCAAAGAGGACAUCAGGGAACAGGAAGAAGAGAUCAUCCGUGACAUCAUCAAGAACAAGAUCGACAUCAAGGGAGGCUACCAGAAGCCUAAAAUCUUGGACAUCCUGCUCUGUAAGAUUGUCCUGUUCCCCUACUGCCUGUGUGCCUACGUGGUCUGGUACUGUAAGUGGAUGUACAGGUUCACCAUCUGCAGAGAGGAGUACGGAGACGAGGAGAAGCUGUACAUCAUCAGGAAGAAUAUGAAGAUGUCUCAGUCUCAGUUUGACGGUCUGGAGGAGGAGCAGAGAGAGACCUUCCUGGAGAGGCAGCUCUGGAUCAAAGACAACUAUGAGGUCUGUAGUAACGUUGUUGUAGUAGCAGUAGUAAUAGCAGUAAUAGCAGAAUUGGUAGCAGUAGUAGUAGUAGUAGUAGUAGUAGCGGUAGCAGUAGUAUUAGUAGCAUAAGUAGGAGUAAUAGUAACACCAGUAGUACUAGCAUUAGUAACAGUAGUAGUAGUAGUAACAGUAGUAGUAGUAGUAGUAGUAGUAGUAUUAGUAGUAGUAGUAAAAGUAGUAAUAGCAGUAGCAGAAGCAGCUGUAUUAGUUGUAGCAGCAGCAGUAGUAGAACCGGUAGUAGCAGUAGUAGUAGUAGUAGUAGCAGAAGUAGUAGCAAUAGCAGCAGCAGUAUUAGCAGUAGUAGCAGUAGUGUUGUAGUAGUAGUAGUAGUAGUAGUAGUAGUAGCAAUAGCAGCAGCAGUAUUAGUAGUAGUAGUAGUAGUAGUAGCGAUAGUAGUAGUAGUAGUAGCGAUAGUAGUAGUAGUAAUAGCGAUAGUAGUAGUAGCGGUAGUAGUAGCAGCAUUAGUAGUGGUAGUAGUAGUAGCGGUAAUAGUAGUGGUAGUAGUAAUAGUAGUAGUAGUAGUAGUAGUAGUAGUAGUAGUAGUAGUAGCGGUAGCAGUAGUAUUAGUAGUAGUGGUAGCAGUAUUAUUAGUAGUAGUAGUGGCGGUAGCAGUAGUGGUGGUAGUAGUAGUAGUAGCGGUAGUAGUAGUAGUAGUAGUAGUAGUAGUAAUGGUAUAGUAGUAGUAGCAAUAAUAGUAGUAGUAGUAGUAGUAGUAGUAGUAGUAGUAGUAGUAGUAGUAGCGAUAGUAGUAGCGGUAGUAGUAGUAGCGAUAGUAGGAGCGGUAGUAGUAGUAGUAGUAGCGAUAGUAGGAGCGGUAGUAGUAGUAGUAGUAGUAGCGAUAGUAGUAGCGGUAGUAGUAGUAGCAUUAGUAGCGGUAGUCGUAGUAGUAGUAGUAGCGAUAGUAGUAGUAGUAGUAGUAGUAGUAGUAGCAGUAGUAGCUGUAGUAGUAGCAGCAUUAGUAGCAGUAGUAGUAGUAGUAGUAGUAGUAGUAGUAGCGAUAGUAGUACAGUAGAGCGAUAGAGUAGUGUAGUAGCGGUAUAGUAGUAGUAGUAGAGUAGUAGUGUAGUAGUAGAGCAAGUUAGCGAGUAGUAGUAGUAGUAGAGAUAGUAUAGAUAGCAAGUAGCGUAGUAGUAGUAGUAUGUAGUAGGUGAAAGUAGUAGUAGUAGUAGUAGCGUAUAGUAGAGAGUAGUAGCGUGUAUAGUAGUGUAGUAGUAUAGUAGUAGUAGUAGCGGUAGUAGUAGUAGUGUAGUAGUAGUAGCGUGUAGUAGUAGUAUUAGUGUAGUUAGAUAGUAGUAGAUAGUAUAGUGUAGUGGUAGUAGUAGUAGUAGAUAGAGUAGUAGUAUAGUAGUAUAGAAGUAGUAGUAGUAGCGUGUAGUUAAGUAGUAGUAGUAGUGAAAGUAAUGUAGUAGUGUAUAUUUAGUAGUAGUAGUAGCAAUAGUAGUAGUAGUGUGUAGUAGUAGUAGUAGUAGCAGUAGUAGUAGUAGGGUAGUAUGUAGUGUGUAGUAGUAGUAGCGUAGUAAGUAGUAGGUAGUAGUAGUGGUAGUAGUAGUAGCGGUAAUAGUAGUAGCGGUAGUAGCAGUAGUAUUAGUAGUAUUAGUGGUAGUGGUAGUAGUAGUAGCGGUAGUAGUAGUAGCGGUAGUAGCAGUAGUAGUAGUAGUAGAAGUGGUAGUAGCGGUAGUGGUAGUAGUAGUAGUAGUAGUAGUAGAAGUAGUGGUAGUAAUAUUGGUAGUAGUGGUAGUAGAAGUAGUAGUAGUAGUAGAAGUAGAAGUAUUAGUAGAAGUAGUAAUAGUAGUAGUAGUAGUAGAAGUAGUAGUAGUAGUAGAAGUAGUAAUAGUAGUGGUAGUAGUAGUAGUAGUAGUAGUAUUAGUAUUAGUAGUAGUAGUAGUAGUAGUAGUAGUGGUAGACUACACACACAAACGGUGGAUCGCUUUGCACCAGAUAUUACAAUGUUAUUACAACAGAACAUAUUCUAUACAUGAACAUAUUCUAUACAUGAACAUAUUCUAUCUGUUGUAAUAACAUUGUAAUAUCUGGUGCAAAGCGAUCCACUUCCAAAUGAUGCUCUCUCUUUGGUGCCUUUUGAAUGUGUUUGCACUAUUUGUAUUUGUAUUGCGUUAUGUUGUUGUACAGGUGUACAAGGAGGAGCAGGAGGAAGAGAUGAAGAUGAAGAUGGCCCUGGACCCCAGGUGGAAGAGGUACCGACGGUGGAUGAAGAAUGAAGGACCUGGACGACUCACUUUUAUUGAUGAUUGACAACAUGCAUAUUAUAUACUACACCUGACUUGUGCCAAUAUAUACAGAUAUACUAUAUACAGAUAUACUAUAUACAGAUAUACUAUAUACAGAUAUACUGUGUUGUACAGAUAUACUGUGUUGUACGGAUAUACUGUGAUAAAAUAUAUACAGACACACUGUGUUGUACAGAAACACUGUGUUGUACAGAAACACUGUGUUUUACAGAUAUACUGUGUUGUACAGAAACACUGUGUUGUACAGAAACACUGUGUUGUACAGAUAUACUGUGUUGUACAGAAACACUGUGUUUUACAGAUAUACUGUGUUGUACAGAAACACUGUGUUGUACAGAAACACUGUCUUUUACAGAUAUACUGUGUUGUAAACAAAACACUGUGUUGUACAGAAACACUGUGUUGUACAGAUAUACUGUGUUGUACAGAAACACUGUGUUUUACAGAUAUACUGUGUUGUACAGAAACACUGUGUUGUACAGAAACACUGUGUUUUACAGAUAUACUGUGUUGUACAGAAACACUGUGUUGUACAGAAACACUGUGUGUACAGAAACACUGUGUUUUACAGAUAUACUGUGUUGUACAGAAACACUGUGUUUUACAGAUAUACUGUGAUAAAAUAUAUACAGACACACUGUGUUUGCAUAUCUGAGUGUUUGUGAAUACAUCUACUGAUGAUAAUGCCUGUUUGUAUGGAUAAUUAUUUUCAUAGAUAUUGAAUUGGGGAUGUUUAAAGCCAGUGAAAGGUACU